UCGAGCCGUAUGCUAGAUAUCAUUCCCACCAGCAACGGACCACAACAAAGAAACCUUACAGAAAGCAAGCACACGAUGUCUGCCAGACCCCUCUUCACCGCGCUCCGCCGGCGCCUCUACUCAACCAGCACCGAAGCCCCCCGGCCAAUCCGAAACAUCUUGAUCGCCAACCGCGGCGAGAUUGCACUCCGGGUCUCCCGCACGGCCGCACUCCACGGAAUCCGCACGACAACCGUGUACACCGCCCCCGAUGCCGCCUCGGAGCACGCACAUGCUUCGCCGUACUCCGUGAACCUCGGCGAGGCGAGUGCAUACCUCGAUGCGGAGAAGAUCCUGCGUGUAGCAAAGGGUUGGGGCUGUGAUGCGGUGCAUCCGGGGUAUGGAUUUUUGAGUGAGAACUCCGCGUUCGCGAAGAGGUGUGCUGAGGAGGGGAUUGUGUUCAUUGGCCCGCCGCCGAAUGCAAUCGAGAGUAUGGGGAAUAAGAGUGCAUCAAAGGAUAUUAUGUUAUCCGCGGGAGUUCCCUGCGUUCCCGGCUACCACGGUUCCAACCAGGACCCAGCUUUCUUAGCGCAGCAGGCGGAGGAGAUGGGGUAUCCGGUGUUGAUUAAGGCAGUGAAAGGUGGUGGUGGCAAGGGAAUGAGGAUUGCUACCUCUGCUGCCGAGUUCCAUGCCAUGCUGGAUUCGGCAAAGUCGGAGAGCAAGUCGUCGUUUGGUGAUGACACGGUGCUUGUUGAGCGGUAUAUUACCACCCCGAGGCAUAUAGAGGUCCAGGUUUUCGCAGAUAACUUCGGGAACUGCGUUGCCCUGGGAGAGAGAGAUUGCUCGGUGCAGAGGCGGCAUCAGAAGAUCAUCGAAGAGUCCCCCGCACCGCUACUGGAUCCGGAGAUCAGAAAGGAUAUCUGGAAAAAGGCACGGGAUGCGGCGCUGGCGGUGGGGUAUCAAGGAGCAGGCACAGUGGAGUUCAUCUUCGACAACGACACGGGGGAGUUCUUCUUCAUGGAGAUGAACACGCGAUUGCAAGUCGAGCAUCCGGUGACGGAGAUGGUGACGGGCGUGGAUCUAGUGUAUUGGCAGGUCCUUGUGGCGUCGGGACAGCCACUGCCGAUGACGCAAGAGCAGGUCGAGGCAGGGUUGAAUGGACAUGCGUUUGAGGCGAGGAUUUACGCGGAGAACCCAGAGAAGGGUUUUAUUCCCGACUCCGGGAUGCUACUGCAUCUGCAGACCCCCAAGGUGACGGAGAGUGUGCGCAUCGAUAGUGGUUUUCGGCAGGGGGAUGAGAUCACGACUUUCUACGAUCCCAUGAUUGCAAAACUCAUCGUUAAAGGAGACACCCGUGAAGCGGCACUGGCGAAACUACGCGUUGCUCUCGAGGACUAUCAAGUCGCCGGUCCAUCGACGAAUAUCGAGUUCCUCAAGACGCUCGCAGCACAUCCCGACUUCAUCGCCGGCAAUGUCGAGACAGGGUUCAUCCCGAAGCAUCACGAUGAGCUCUUCGCUGCUUCGCAAACCCCACCGGAAGUCUUCUCGCAAGCUGCCCUCUCCAUCAUCCUCUCGGAGAGCCAACCCCUGCUCCCGGCCGACCCCUUCACCACCCUCGGCGGCGGCAUUGGCUACUCGGGUGGCUUCCAAACUCGCGUCCUUCACUUCUCCGACGGCCACAGCGAGACUCCCAUUGCCGUAGAAGUAUCCCAAGCCACAGCCGACAGCUACAAUAUCACCAUCGGCACCACUUUGCUCCCCGCCGUCAUGAUCCGCCAGGACAGCUCUACCCUCUACGGCUACUACCCCCACACCAGAAUCGAAUCCACCAUCGUCCGCGACGACGACAAGCUCUUCGUCUUCCAGCACGGCAAACAACACCAACUGACUCUAUCAACGCCAGCAUGGCUUGAGAAGCUCCGCGGCCCGAAGGAGGCGUCGAACAGUGUGGUGGCACCAAUGCCGUGCAAAGUUCUCCGCGUCGAUGUAAAAGAGGGCCAGGAGGUGAAGAAGGACCAGCCGCUCGUCGUCAUCGAGAGUAUGAAGAUGGAGACGGUCAUCAGGAGUCCGGUAGAUGGAGUGGUCCGGAAGAUUGUCCAUCCGGAGGGGGAUGUCGUCAAGGCGGGUGUUACGCUUGUGCUAUUUGAGGAAGAGGCGGGAGAGGGGGGUGGCGCGUAGUGGGGUGUGUAGAGUAUUGUGUGGCGCCGGAAAUAUAUAGAUGCAAUAUGAUACCACGAGGUGAUGAAAUUUGAAUUGAAUUGAAUUGAGGUUUAUUUAUGGAA